AUGUCCGACAACCAGGCGAAAAACCCCGCCGUCGACCCGUCGACAACCAAUCCGCGCGGCAUCCCCGUCGCACCAUUUGUCGAUAAUGUUGCAGAUUAUGUCUCGUCACGCGCAGACGUCGAGCCCACACUGCGCUCGUUCCAGGAGAUGAUAUCCAAAUACCAGUUCAUGGAGCUGAACACACAACGUCGCGGCCAGGGCCUGAAGGACAAGAUUCCUGAUAUCAAGAAGACACUGGAGACGGUGACGCUGUUGCGGAACAGGAGAGAGGCUGGCGCCGAUACGCCUCUCGAGACCACCUUCGAACUCAACGACACUCUAUACUCUCGCGCCACAAUCCAGCCCAAGGACACAGACGAAGUCUUCCUCUGGCUCGGUGCCAACGUCAUGCUUGCAUACCCCAUCAACGAAGCCGCGGAACUGCUGACAGAAAAGCUCUGCGCCGCUGAAGUCAGUCUCGCCAACUGCGAAGAAGACUUGGAGUUUUUGCGGGAGCAGAUUACGACUCUCGAAGUCGCAACCGCCAGAGUGUAUAAUUGGGACGUUGUACAGAAACGGAAGGAGAAGGAAGGGAAGGGGGAUGAUGGUGAAGGAAAGACGGGACCGGGUGGUUAG